AUGCGCUUUUCAGCUCUCCUUCAGGCGUCUUUCUUGGCCGCAUCUACCCACGCAUCCCUCGUGGAUAUCAAAGUGCCCAAAGCUGUCCGCAAGGGCGAGUCGUUUGCUGCUUUCGUUCAUGUGCAGAGCGCCAUGAGCAGCGGGGAGGUGGCUUACAUCUGGGGCGAGCUGCCCAACAACCUCGACAGCCCGGACAAUGAGAUGGGCCAGGUCUUGACCGUCACGGACGCGAAAACUCUGCGACUGGGAGAGAAUCACGUCAGGUUGCCCGGCCUGUUCUGGUUCAAAGACGGCGCCGUGACGCUCAAGGUGCGAGUUAUUACGUAUGCGGGCGUAGCAGGCACUCUUGAUCAUUUCAUCUGCCAGACCAAUAUCAAGCAGGGCGACAGGACCAGCAGCGACUUUGUGACUCUGGACUGCAAGCGAUAG